ACAUUGCAAAAUUUGGCUAUAUAUGUGCAAGACGCACACUAAAACCAAAACAGCAACAAUCAGAGAGAGCGACGACUCUGCUCAGCUCAGCCAUGUUUACUGAAACGAAUAAGACGUCUCAGCCGGAACAGCCCAUGCUAGCAAAAUCGCCGUCGCAUUUCUCGUCGGAAUGCUGGUUCGAGGAUGCAUGCAUACUCGACAUGGAUUACUUCAUCAAAACCCUUUCAGGCAUUAAAGCGAAAGGCGUGCGUGCGGACCUAAUCGGCUCCAUCAUCAUCCACUACGCCUCCAAAUGGCUCCCCGAACUCUCCGACGGCGGCAACAACAACGGCGUCUCCGACAAACCCUCCCUCGCUCAACUCCAAGAAUCGCCUGAAAGCGCGACGGCUUCGUGGAUGAAGAAGCGAUUCUUCGUUGAAACGCUUGUCGGAGUUCUGCCUCCGGAGAGGGAUUCAAUCCCUUGCAAUUUCCUGCUUCGUCUUCUGAGAACGGCGAAUAUGGUCGGCGUGGAGCUGAAUUACAAAUCGGAGCUGGAGAAGAGGAUAUCGUGGCAGCUAGAUCAGGCGUCGUUGAAGGAGAUAAUGAUACCGUCGUUCAGUCACACGUGUGAGACGCUGUUAGAUGUAGAGCUAGUGAUAAGAUUGGUGAAGAGGUUUUUGGGGCUAGAUGUGGACGGAGGUAAUAAGAGCGGGGUGGCUCUGAUGAAGGUGGCCAAGUUGGUGGAUGCGUACCUGGCGGAAACCGCCGUCGAUGCGAAUCUGAGCUUGUCGGAGUUCGUUGCGCUCGCCGGAGCUCUUCCCCCACAUUCCAGAGCUACCGAUGAUGGCUUGUACAGAGCCAUUGACACUUAUCUUAAAGCACAUCCAGGGGUAUCGAAGCAAGAAAGGAAAGGUCUGUGCAGGCUGAUAGAUUGCAGGAAACUAACCCCAGAAGCCUCACUUCACGCAGCUCAGAACGAACGCCUGCCUGUAAGAGCUGUGAUCCAAGUCCUUUUCUCUGAGCAAACAAAGCUGCAUCAGAAUCGUCAGGUGGACUGGAGCGGCUCCUUCGGCGGCACAAGAAGCCCCAACGGCGGUGGUGACUUGCCGGCGCGGUCGUUCUCGAAGCGGGAGAUGUACGCGCAGCAGAUGGAGAUAAGGAAACUGAAGGAAGACGUGUACAGGCUUCAGAGCCAGUGCAGUGUGAUGCAAGUGCAGAUGGAGAGGAUGAUGAUGGAGAAGAACAAGAAGGGUUUCUUCAAGUGGAAGAAGUUUGGGAUAACUGGGUUUGGUAAAAGUGUCAAUGUUGUGGCUUCUUCUGUGGACAAGAUUCAAGAAGGGAUCGUUGAAGGAGAAGAUGAGUUUGAAGUUAGACAAACUCCUUUGGACAUGAAAACCAGAUCAUCCGUUAAACCCCGGACUCCUCACAAGUGGAGGAAAUCUAUGUCUUGAAAGUUGAAACACACAGCCUGGUCUGAGCUAGAGAGAGCUCAAGUUAGUUUGGAUUUGUUUUGAGCUUGUCUAUAUAUGCAUGUAUGUAUUGUAAUUUUAUUUGUUUUGUUUGAUGUUAGCUAGACUUGCAGAAUUGGUGUCAAGUAAGAAAUAAGAUCAUGAGAAGAAUUUUGUUUUGGUCCCA